CCCGGCGUGAGCUGCGAGGUGUGGGCGCCGACGCAGUCGGCCAAAUCGGCGCUGACGCUGGUCAUGUCGCUCACCGGCAUGACGGCGGCGCAGGUCACGAUCCACGUGACGGCGCUCGGCGGCGGGCUCGGUCGCAAGGCGGAACUCGACUUCAUCUCCCAGGCCGUGCAGGUCGCCAUGGCGGUGAAGAAGCCGGUCAAGCUGAUGUGGCCCCGCGAGGAAGAUUUCACCCACGACCAGUACCGCCCGAUGGCGCUGGUGCGGGUGCGCGCCGGCCUGAACAAGUCCGGCCAGGUGCUGGGGUGGACAUACCGCAAUGUGUCGCCGUCGAUCCUCGGCCAGCGCGGCGCGACGCUGCCCGCCACAGGGGACAGCCAGGGCUACGAAGCCUCUCAGGCGCUGCCGUAU